UUUUUUCUCAGCAUGGAAGCUCACUUCUCAUAACGAAUGCUCCACUCCAGUCAAAAGUCGCACUCACGGCCUAAUCGUCGCAUCAAGGACCCUCGGGGUGCGCGUGUGCGGAUAAUGAUUGAUAAGCACGCUCAGCUGCGCGCAGCCUGCUGCUGCUGCUGCUGCUGCUGCUGCUGCUGCUGCACUUCGAGUCGCUUUCGGCACGUCGUUGUCCCGAGUGCCGGAAAGGUGAUUAUUCAGCGAGCAGGCGCCGGGUCAGCCAGCUACGCGCAGCGGUUGGUCACAAUCACUCGAUCACGAUCCGAACGAAGGCUCAGCCAACUUCAACACUCCUCCAACUUGAGCAGACGUUAGGAAGGUGUUGACCAUUUUGUGGGGGCGCGUACAUCCUUUUGCCAAAUCGAAAGACAACGCAUGGCUCAUGCAGUGCAUUGCAGGCACUCAGACUGCUUCAGAAAGGCUCACUUGAGUCGGUAUUCGAGGCAAUGGUCGAGCGAAAGGACAUGAGCCGGGGAGCGCUCUUACAACGCAUGACAGGUCACGGACUGCAAGCAGAUGAUCGUCAUGAGGCGAGAUGAUGAAGAAGGGUGCUUUCGUUUCGAGGAGCAGAUUCGCUCUUACG